GGAGGAGAGGAGUACCUUCCUCGCUCUGGUGCGUUUUCAUUUCCCCGCAGACGGCUGCCCUCCUUCUAUAAAUUGCGCCGGGCUGCGCCGCUCCUCUCUUCUUCCUCCCCUGCUCUCGAGUUGCUUCUGUUCUCGGUGGUUCCAUUCGGUGCUUGGUUCUGUUCUUGAAUGGCUUGCCGAUGCGUCGUCAUCCAGCAGGUGGACGAGGGAGGGGAGGAGGCGAAGGCAAAUGGUAGGGUUUCGCUGGGAGGAUGCCACCGGGAGACUAUCUUCCCCAUGUAUGCAGUGGGAAGAUCCAAGUCGAAUUCUAUCUCCCGGACGAUUCUCGAUGUUGCUGGCGACCCCAUCUGGGACUCUAUUAGAUCCGAUGCCCGAUUCGAGGCGGAUAAGGAGCAAAUUUUGAGCAGCUUCUUAUACGCUAGUGUCUUAUCUCAUGAUUGCUUAGAGCGUGCAUUGGGGUUUGUUCUAUCAAAUAGACUUCAGAAUGCAACACUUUUGGCUACACAAUUAAUGGAUAUCUUUUAUGAUGUUAUGAAGAAUGAUCGAGUUAUUCAACGCUCAAUUCGCCUAGAUGCUCAGGCAUUCAAGGACAGAGAUCCUGCUUGUGCAUCAUAUAGUUGGGCAAUAUUGUACCUUAAGGGUUACCAUUCUUUGCAAUCAUAUCGAAUAGCACAUGCUCUAUGGAAUCAAGGGCGUAAAAUCUUGGCCUUGGCAUUACAAAGUCGAAUUAGUGAGGUUUUUGCUGUGGAUAUACAUCCAGCUGCAAGGAUUGGCGAAGGAAUACUAUUGGAUCACGGAACAGGUCUAGUCAUUGGGGAAACUGCAGUUGUUGGAAACUGGGUUUCUCUGAUGCAGGGUGUUACAUUAGGAGGAACUGGUAAAGAAGUUGGAGAUCGUCAUCCCAAAAUUGCUCAAGGUGCUCUAAUUGGAGCUAGUGCAACAAUUCUUGGUAAUAUUGUGGUUGGUGAAGGUGCUAUGAUCGCUGCAGGUUCCCUUGUCUUGAAGAACGUACCUCCACACAGCAUGGCUGUGGGGAAUCCAGCUAAAAUUAUUGGGUACAUUGAAGAUAAGGACCCAUCUCUGACAAUGAAGCACGAUGCCGGCAAAGAUUACUUUGAACAUGUAGCUGUUGGUUCUACUGAUGGAUCAAAUUAUGGAAUCCACUGUUCAGGAAAAAAAAAGCUGAAUUGAAGCAACGUAGUCAGAUCAAUCUUCCGAUCACGUGAGAUCAUAGAGUGCAUCUGGCUUAUCUUGGCAAGCAAAGUUUGGCGUCGUUUGUCGAAGGUGUUUACUCCAGAAGAAGCAACGAGGAGCACUAACUUGUUCUUUUGGGAUCUCUGCAAUGAAAACAUUACAAGUCCACAAGAACAAAGUAUGUUCACUAGGCUAAAAUGUAAUUAACUGUACUUGGGAUGCAUAUUAUCUAGUUGUACUAGUAACUCAAGUUAAUAUGCAUUCAUUGUGGCAAUGCAUUCAAGACAUAUAUAUAUAUAUAUAGCUUGUAGAUGGUAACAAAUACGCCUGUAGUUUCAGAUUCAUAUUUAAGCAGGAUACUGUUAAGUUCGUGCAAGAUCCACUUCAUCAAAUGCUAAAGGUUU